GUGAAAAAUAUCUGCCCACUUUCAGCAUUCAUCCUGCUUAUUCCUGUGCACACUGUGCUGGUGGAAGAAUAUGAUGACACACUGUGGCUAGUUUACUUUUUGUGAACAUCUGGCAUCAGGAAAUAAAAGAACAUAAAACACUCCAUUGCUUGCCUACAUGCAUCAAUCUGCAACCCGAGCUAUGCUGAAAAUAACGGAUGUUGGAUUAAUUUCUGCAGGGGUAUCACACUCAUAUGGAAGACUCAGCAGUUUUCAUAUGGAUUUUUCUAAAUAUUACAGUCACUGAAGAUCUCGUUAGAAGACGUGCAGAACAUAACGACUGUGAAAUUUUUUCACUGGAAGAAAUCUCUUUACAUCAGCAGGAAAUAGAAAAACUAGAGUAUCUUGACAAAUGGUGUCGAGAUUUAAAAAUUCUCUAUCUUCAGAAUAAUCUAAUUCCAAAAAUUGAAAAUGUGGGAAAACUGAAGAAGCUGGAAUAUUUAAAUGUAGCUUUGAACAAUAUUGAAAGAAUUGAAAAUCUGGAAGGUUGUGAAGAACUGAAGAAACUUGACCUAACGGCAAAUUUCAUUGGCGAGCUCACCAGUAUUGAAACCCUAAAAUAUAAUAUACAUCUGAAUGAACUGUUUCUAGUGGGUAACCCAUGUACUGAAUUUGAAGGUUAUAGACAGUAUGUGGUAGCAACUCUUCAUCAAUUAAAAUGCUUGGACAGUAAAGAAAUAGGACGUUCAGAGAGGAUUCAAGCACUUCAAAACUAUCCAGAAGUGAAACAGAAAAUAAGAGAGCAGGAACAAGCUUACCUUCUUAAAAGGGACAGAGAAAAAGAAGAGGCUCAAAGAAGAAUGCAAGAAAGAAAGGACAAGAAAGAAAAUCAAAUGAAAUCUAAGCUCGAUUUUAACAGCCCAGGCUCUCUACACAACAAAGCAAGCCAUCAGGCAGAAGGAGGCAGAGAACAAGAAACGUGGAGAACAGCUGAAGAUGAUGAAGAAGACAGAAGAUUUUGGGAGGAGCCUACACCGUAUACUCCAGAGUCUAGAUUAGAAACUCACAGAUAUAUUGAAGAAAAACGGAGAGCUAAAGACAACAUAAGGGAAUCACAAAAGAAAGAGAAGCCUCUUCGGCCAUUGGUCACUGCAGAAGGAAAAGUUCUGAAUGUGAAUGUGCCUAAGCUUCAUUUCUCAUUGAAAGAUGAUGAAGAUAACAACCAGAUCGUCUUGGAUCUUGCUGUUUACAGACAUUUGGACACUUCUCUGCUUGAUGUCGAUGUCCAGCCAACUUACAUACGAGUACUGGUGAAGGGAAAGCCAUUUCAGCUUGUGCUCCCUGAGGAAGUGAAGCCAGACAGCAGCUCUGCUAAAAGAUCGCAAACAACCGGUCAUUUAGUUGUCAGCAUGCCAAAGGCUAAAGAAAUAAUCCUGCCGAAGCAAAAAGUAUCAACUUCAGUUAAACAUUCUGACUGCAGUACACCGCAAAAAACUGGAAGAAGGAAUGUACAAGUUGAGAAAUUAGAAGUGGAUCCCAGUAAAUAUUCAUUCCCUGAUGUGACAAAGAUAAUCCAAGAAAAGGACCGAAUUGGGCAGGGACCUAUCAGGCUACAACCAGAGAAGAUUACAAAGACUAAGAGUUAUGUUGAGUUUGAAAAUGAUGAAGAUGUUCCUCCCUUAAUUUGAAACAUUCUUAAAUAGUCCAUUUAUAUAUGGCAUUUAAGUUUGAAUUAUUUUCAUGAACCUUGGUGUAAAGUAAGUAUAAUAUAGCUGAAGUUGCAAUUAUUACAGUUCUUCUCAUAAACUUUGUUAUGCAUAUGUUUUCUGCUAUGUUUCUGUUAGUAUAUUGCUAUAUAAAUUCUUUUUUCUAGAUUGCUUACUUAGUAAGUCUUAAAUCAGAAUGGGAGUCAUAUGUCAGACAUUGUCAUUUCUUCAAAGAAUUUACUGUCUAGCUUGCAAAAUAGUAUAUUACUGUAGAAAAGGAGAGAAAGAAGGAAGAAAGCACUUGUAACAAGACUUAUUCUGACUAAACUGAAGAUAGCAAAAAAGCUCUAUGUAUUCCUUCAGUGUUUUCUUUUUCAUGAGGCACAACAGUAAAAGAAAAUAACAUAUUCCAGGAGUGAGAGACAUUGCUGUAACCUUCCAUACAUCAGUGAAUUUUCCAGCUUAAUGCAGAGCUGCUGGAUUCUGGAGCUGGUGUAAUGAUGAUGCCACUCCUGGAAGAUUCUAGAAGAGAAUAUAUCAGAUGUAGCACCGUGGGGAAGCUGGGAGGAAUCAGACAGACCAUUUUGUUCCUCUUCAUGCAGCUGCUCUAAACUGUUCCAUCUUUUUCCGGAUCCCCUAAAAAUAUCAAGGCUAAUUUGAACCUGUUGGAUGAAAUAAGGUUGAGCAACUGUAACAGGAUGAGCUGCUCCUCCCUACUCUCCAGCCCUUUUUUAGCAACCAGAGACUCCAUUAUCAUAUUUUUUCCCCCACAGCUUCUGGAUUGCCCAAUGAGUGAAACAGGACAAUGUGAAAGAACAAAAGUACACUGGGUGACAUUAGUAAUUUAUUGCGAUUUGACAAGACCAAUUUCUUCUGUUUCUUUUUUUUUCCCCCUGAUUUCCUGAGAAAAUAAGGCUCAUGUCAUUCUUAGCUCUGCUUUUGAAUGCCAUUUCUGUUAUUUUCACCCUAUUAGACAGAAGAGAAAGGUCAAAGAAAUACUCAGCUCCUCUAAAUUUAGUGAAAAACAUCACUGAGUAGUAAAAAGGGAUUCUCUUGAUGCAACUGCUGUUUGGAAGAGAGAAUCAGCCAGUACCAAUUCUAGCAGUAGUCAUUCAGCUCAUCAACAUGUUGGUAACAGAACUCUUUGUUCGUGUUACCAUUCUACCUAGGUGGUAGUUAAAGAAAGCAGGAGUUAUGAUAGUAGAGCUCUGGGAACCUGGGGGAAAGCUGAGGAGAGCGUACGAAGUAUUUAGGAAAUAUGGUUAGACCUUGAGUUACUAUGGAAACAAAAGGUGGGUAAUGAGAAGACUGGAAUUUUGCAGAGAGAGGGUCGCAAAAAAUACUUCUGGGUUGGGUGGUUGUUGAAAUAAGGAAUAUGUAGGGGACAUGCAAUGUAAAACCAUAGGAAAUCAAGCCUCGUUAGCUUUGUCGUCUACAAAACAGCUGAUGUAAAGAUACAGGAGUGCUGAACAUCUCUUUUGGCCUUUUAGUUGGGCAAUUAGCAUUCAGUUCUAUUGUAAAAAAAAAAAAAAAAAGAUAACUUUGGCUUUUUUACUAAUUUGAAGGCCUCUUUUAUUUCAAAAAAAACCAAAGAGAAACUCCAAGAAAAAUCAAGUUGAGUGACCCACCUUACUGUGCUAAUGAAUUUGAAACUGUUUCUCUGUAAAGGAAGAUUUCAUUUGGUCCUGCAGAAAGAAAAUGCUUCUGAUUCAAACCAACUUUUUCUUUUAGCCAAACAGGACAGAGCAAGCAAAUUCAGUUCAGGAAGAAUCAAAGAGUAUUUUGUGGUUACAUCUUGGUUUUAUCCUUAAGAUAGAAGAUUAAUAAGCUACGCUUAUAGUUGAACCACUGAAACUGCACGUAAAAUAUGUUGUAGGAAUCUGUGUUCAGAUAGUGCCCAUAAUAUUCCUCAGCACAGAGCAAGUUUGUGAUGCAUUCUUUGAAAGUGUCAUUUCCCUAAUUGUGAAAAACAUUAACUAACUGCUGAGUUUUCUGCUUAGAAAGAAACCGCUGCUAUUGAAUUCUGGGUUUUUUUAGGCACUCUAAAGUGCUUUAUGAUUCUCCACAGAUGUUUAAUGUAAGAUAAAGACAAAUAGUCUAUCAUAAAAGGCACUGAAGAGAAGCAGAAUAUACCCGUCAACUUAGGCUGAUGGGUUUAACCGAUGCAUUUUCUUUGGUUGCAAUUUGAAAUGGAUAUAGAAUAAAAAAAAAGAAGUUUCAUACUAAUGCUGCAUAUGCUGAGAAAAGAGAGUGUAUAUCUCACAAAGACCUAAACCAAAGUUAAACUUGGGCAUAAUCUGACCUAUUGUACUAUCAUCUUGGAUUUUUCUUUUCCCAUCUUGUGCAUUGACUUGAUUUUUCCAUUUCAGAAUAAAUUAUUCCAUUAUAUAAA